ACAAUUUGUAACAAAGAAAGUCAGAAAAUGCGCAUCUCUUGAAAAUCCGUUCUUAUAUCCCACAUCCUGCAUUGCACGUCUAUUCACUAAAAUUGCGUGUUAUGUGGCCAACAUUCCAGCAAGCGCUAAUCGAAACAUUGCAAACUCAUCUCCGAUUUAUAUUAACUCUCCAUCUACAUACAGGGUCGUUUUUGACCAGUAAUUUUAAAUAAUUUUUCAUUUCUUCCAUAUUUCCGUAUAAGCUUUGCUUUACUUAAAAAAAUUAAGGUCUCAUUUUUAUUUUAGGGAUCAAAAAAUUAUUGACUAUUUUUUGUAAUUUUGCUGUUUUCGAUGUGUAGACUCCGAAAAUGCAUAUUUUAAAGUGAAAAAUUCAUUGGUUCAAAAGUUAUAAGCGCGAUUAUAUAAACAAGUCUGAAAACAUCUAACAUAUAACAUGUAGUAAUAGAAAUUAUUGAAUGAUAUUCUAGAAACUUGGAAAAGUAUUUAAAAAUUUGUUUGGGUCUUUUUUAAACACAAAAAUCUGAAAAAAUAAGAAAAAAAAAUAAGAAUAAGAAUAUUAUGAAAGUUAGCGUAACAUUGGUGUAACAUUGAUAAUAAAUUGAAUUUAAAUUUGCGUAGCAGAAGGGAUAAAAUAUUUGCAAAUUAGAAACGUAAAAGUUUAUAUAAAAAUAAAAGCUUAUUAAAUAUUUAACGCCUAAAAAGAAUAAAAUCAUUAUUAUGGUAGCCCACGUUAUGUGUUUAACCUCUACUGGAGGAAUUCCUUUAUUUUCUCGCCAGAAAGGGGAAGGAGAUACGAUGACAUUUUCUAAAAUAGCAUCUCUAUAUGGGAUACAUAUGUUUCUCAAAUCACAAAACAUUAAACUUUUGAAUACAAAUUUACCCGAUACUACGAUAAUGUGGAAAGAAUUUGAACAAAGUAUUACAUUAAUAGUUAUUGCAAGUGGAACUACCAAAUCUGUAUUGGAUAAAUUCUUAAAUGCAGUUUUUGGUGCAAUGAUCUUGUUUGUUGGUAUCGAGGAAUUAAAAAAUACCAAAAACAUAGAAAAGCUGAAGAAAGAUAUGCGUUUGUGCAGCCCAAUUGUUGAUAGUUUAUUGCAAUGUCUUGAUGUUGGCGAUGGAAUUUGUUCAAAAACUGAUAUUAUCAAUAUGACAGAAUGUAUAAUGUGCCAAGAAAAUAAUUUGUUUCAGACAUGCUUAGAGGGUUAUAUGGAAUGUUUGGAUUCUAUAUAUGGAUGCAUCUUAGUACAUGGAUGUUUAGCAGUAGCUACAGAAGGAUGGUGGAAUUUAAGUCCCAUUGAAAGAAAAUUAUUAAUAACAGCUGUUAAUACAGAAGAUACUUAUAGCACGCGAGACAUUCCAGUAUUUUUACCUUAUAAAAGUCCAAAUGUAGCUUUUAGAUUAGUAUCCAUUACGUUGAUCAAUCAAGUCGAAGUAUUAGCCUUAUGUGGACCCAAUCCGAGUUUAUCAGAGAUUGAACGAUUUGCUAUACAAUGUUGGAAAAAUAGUAUUGAUGCUUUACACAAUGCAGAACAAUGUUAUCCGCGUAACUUACCUACAUCUGUAAAUUUGGAUUCAGAGACACUUGGAUUUCUGUUAGCAAAUUAUAAGGUGCAAAAGUUUAUACUUGGUAAGAAUAUGCAGUAUGCAAAAAAUAGAGUCAGUGGUUCACACAGAUUGGACAUAUUAAGAACAUUUUAUCAUCAAGCUGUAGAGACAUAUAUAUUAUCUUCAGAAUCUGAAUGUGAUACAACAGAUGAUAAUUGGAAAUUUGUUGGUGUAAAAGAAACUUAUCUAUGUUCAGAGUACCAUAAAUGUUAUGCAGUUAAACAUGGAGAUCAUAUACUUUGCAUUUUAUGUGCCUCCACAGUUCCUACUCAUACAGUAAGAUUGGUUUGUCAAAAAAUAUUGAAAACAUUGCUCAUUGAUAAACAAGGCUGCUGGUAAAAAUUUAACACAUUGAUCUCUUUUUGCAAUAUCAUCCCAUUUUACUUCUAUUGUAAAAUUUACAUUAACCCACCUUAUAUAUGUCCUGAUACUAUGUUUUUAUUAGGUAUAAGGAAUAUAUAUUGUGAACAUAAAAAAUAUAUAAUAAUCAUUUGUAAAUUAGGAUUUAUGUAAAAUUAAACAUAUUUCAUUAAAUGUUAAAUCAUUUUA